CUCCCCUCCCCCCUUUGUAAUUCUCAACUAUUUAUUUGUUUCUCAUCGUGUGUUCAAUAGGACUGGAAAAAUUUUGUUUUUGUUUUUUGUUUUACGUCUAUUUUUUUUAUCCUUUUGUUAUUUUUGUUAUUUUUUAUUUGUAUAUGCCAGCGGGAGAACGCGAGGUGGCGCACCAGACACAUUGCACGAUUGACAUAAUGCCGACUACAACAAUAGCAAACAAACGGUGCACUACUGCCAGCGGUCCAACAACAGCAGCGACAACAACCACAGCAGAAGUCAAGGGAAAGGGAAAGGGAAAGGCAAAGACGAAGACAAGGACAAAGACAGCAGAGCAGCCACAGUUGAUAAACAGCUCCUCCAGCAGCGUCAACUUGCAUGGACCGGGCGCUGGUCACAUAACCUUGCGAGCAGGCAAUUCGCCGCCGCUGCAAAAGCAGCAACAGCUCUGCAAUUCGGAAAACUCUGACGCAGAGUCUUCCACUUCCACAAACACUGAAGAAUACAGCGAGAAUGGCGAGGAUCAGGCCAGGCCAGCAACCGGAUCAUCUGUAAUUAUCAAGACAUUUAUCCACAAGCGCAUUUCCGUCCUAUGCCUGCUUCUGGCUACAGUUAUAUUCGGCAUGCUCUCAGCACACUCAUACUUUAAUGCGCAGGUGGAUACCCCCGGGUGCACGAUGAGCUAUAGCCGGCCACAGUUCAUUGAGCAAACAGCGUUUGAUAAGAGCUGGACGCGGUUCUCGACCAAAUACAAGCUAUAUUUGUACAGGGAGGGAGGGUAUGAUUCGAUUGAUGAGGCGUUUAGGAUCCCGGUGCUUUUUGUGCCAGGGAAUGCUGGGAGCCCCAAGCAGGUGCGGUCGAUUGCGUCGGCGACAACGGCGGCAUUUGUGGAGCUCCUGGGGUUGGACCCGGGGGCGGUGGAGCGCGGACAGGUCGGGUAUGAUUUCUUUUCGGUCGGGCUGAACGAGGAGUUCACGGCUCUGCACGGGUAUUCGAUCAUGGAGCAGGCAGACUUCAUCAACGACGCUAUCCGGUACAUCCUGUCGCUAUACCCAGGGACCCGGUCCAAGUACCGGUUAUCCGAGAAACAGACGUUUGCCUUGCCCACGUCGGUCAUUAUCGUUGGGCACUCGAUGGGCGGCGUGGUUGCGCGCACGGCGUUUACGCUGAGCAACCAUAUAGUCGGCUCCGUGCAGGCAAUCUUUACGCUGGCGACGCCGCACAACAACCCGACAGCGUCGCUCGAGUAUUACGUGGACAAAGUAUACACGGACAUUAACCGGUUCUGGCGCCACGGGUUUCAAAACGGCACCCUGGAUAAUGUCAGCCUAGUAUCAAUCGCCGGCGGCAACCUGGACUCGAUGAUUAACUCGGACUACACGUAUGUGGGCGACCUAGCGCCGGCGCACAACUCCCUGAGUGUGCUGGCAUCGGGAAUCGAGGAUGUCUGGCUAAGCCUCGAUCACCAGUGUAUCUUGUGGUGUGAGCAGAUGGCGAAAAAGUUUGCUGCGGUGCUGGUCCGGAUUAUGGAUGCUCGCAGGUCGUCGCAGAUUUUGCCGCUGGAUGAGCGCAUGACUGUUAUGCGCGAGAUGCUGUACUCGAAGCUGGAUGAGGCGGGUGGGCUAAAGGGUAUUGGUGCGCGGCGGAAUGUGACGGUGGCUGGGUACAGCCAUGUGCAGGUACAUGAGGAGGUUGUCCAGGUGGCGCUCGCCGGUCGGAAGAACCGGGACGGCGCGGCCCUCCACCUGAUGCGCUUGCCAGGGGUCGCCGGCGAGAACAGCGGAUCAGCGGCAGAUGCUCUUCAGAUCAUUCACUAUGCGCGCAGACAGUCUGGGUUACCAGCACGUAGCAGCGGCGGUAGCAGUAGCAGUGCGAUGGAGGAAUUCAAGUACGGGGUGUUUGGGUGCCGGCAUGGCAAGUCCAAGGAUGAUCCGACAGAUGGCGUGUGUGAGGAGAUUAUGGGUUUGGCAGUGCCGGCCAAGCUGCCGCUCAAGUCGGCCGGCGCCAAGGCUCAGCUGGCCGUGCCACUGGUGGGAUACCUCGAAGUGCCAAUGGCGCAGCUGCGUGGGUUUGCAUAUGUCGCUUUGGAGAUUCCAUCGGGCAGUGACGGGCUGACGGGCUUUGUCCGCGCCAGCGUCGGCAGCAACACAUCACCUGUGGUGCACUCCCCAGGAUACCUGCGUCUCCUGCGCGCAUACACCAUCAAUGCGCCCGAGAGGCUGAAUGCGCGCAUGCGGAUUAAGCUGGAUGUCCCCGAAAAUCCGUUUUUUGUGUUCCGCGCCAAGCUCAUCAUGCACCGGCGCAAUAUGGCGGCGGCAUUGAAGCUGGACAAGCCGCAGUUCGGCACUGUGGUUCGGCAGUCUGAUGGCCGGAGGCGGUUCGAAUCCAAGUUCUGGUACGACCAGGGCGCGCUGGAUAUCGCCAUCCAUGGGCGCGGCGCGUACUUGCCUAGCGACGACCUGGUGAAUACAUCUUCUGCAUCAAUGCAAGGCGAGCUGGGCGCCAAUCUCUGGGAUGGCGUGCAUUUGGAUGUGUGGGCGGACAAUGUGUUUUAUUCAGGGUUCGAGAUUUCACUGAGAAUCAAUUGGUACUCGUCGCUUAAUCGACUGGUCAAGCGGUACGAUAUGGCGCUGUUGGCGAUGUCGUUUGUCUGGGCGUGUCUGGUGAUGCUGCAUCAGCUGCGGUCGUGGGACCGCGGGCAAUCUGGUUCUGGUUCUGGUUCUGGCGCUGGUCAGACCGCUAUGUUUCCCGGGUGCUUGGCGUCCAUCGAGGCGCUGGUCCGCAACGGCACAUUUCUCGGUGUCGUGGCGGCGGCCAUGGUGACGCCCCUUGUGCAAGUGGGGUUUGCACAUAUCGCACGGGGGACGGUGUCUCCAGCGACCCUGGCGGCAGCUAACAACCUGUUUAUGGGAGUGCGCGGCAGCGGGCUGGUGCUCUGCCUGCUUCCCGGCGUACUCGUUAUUUUGUCGCUCGGGUUCAUUAUUGUCCAGGCCAUUUUCCUAACGGCGAUCUGCCAUUUUGCAGCAUGGCUGGCCGUGGGGGUUGCCAAGUGGCGGCGCCAGCAGCUUAUGCAAGGAGACCGGAUAUUGGCAGGCGAUGGUGGUGGUCCGGGUGCGGACAAGGUCCCGACCAUUACAGGGCCUCUGCUGGGCACUCUGGCGUUUAUUGUUUUUGUGUGCACCUUUGUGCCUUACCAGUUUGCCUUCCUGAUUAUUUACCUUGCGCAGCUAAUCACAGUUGUGCGCACGAUGGCGCAGGCCAAACUACAGGCAAGCCGUGGCAGUGGCGGAAAGGAUGCGGGCAGGGAGGGUGUGGAGCUGGAUAGUCGGGCGCAGUACCAAUUGGCAUUGGUUCUGUUCUGGACCAGCAGUCUACCAUACUGCGUGCCGGAGCUACUCGUCUGGGUGCGGAACCUCAGUGUCUUGUGGUUCGAGGACGCGCCAUCCGACCAUAACCUGCUUAAUAUGGCCGGGUACUUUGCCCUGCGUAUGCUGGCAUCUUACCAUAUUGUUCCUCGUUUAGGCGGAGGAUCCUCUUUCUUUUCUGUCAUGGAAGGUGGUCGUCGGGAGAGGUUGAGGCGGUGGUUGAGAGGGGUUACUUUUGUGUUUUUCGCAGGGGCUGUGCUUGUUGCGUGGCUGGUUAGUGUCAGGAGACCGUAUGUUCUGUAUGGUGUGGCGAAUGCGGUGUCGGCGUGGCUGGCGUUGAUUCAGUUUGCGGAGUUUCCGAUGCGAAUUUUGAACAGUAAGAGGGGGCGCGAGUCAAUGGGAGUGGUGGUGGCGAAUAAGUCACCGGUGGCGCUGGUAUCGGUACCGGUCUUAGUGUGUGAGCGGGACAAUGCGGUUAUGGCAACCAUGGUGGAGACCGAUGACGGGGCAAUGAUGCCUCUGUUGGAGCGCAAACUGCGCUAACAAUAGCAACAACAACACAGUUUCAAUAGAACC